GCAUCUGUCUGCAGGUAGGUGCCAGCUGCGCUACAGAGCGGUCACUGAGCUACUGCGGGGACGACGAAGAAGGCCACGAAGACAGGCAUGUCGGGUUUUGUGUAUUCGGACUGGUGCGAAGUCUACCUCUGCAGUGCGCCACUUCAGCAGGGGAACUCGAUGAAUGGCGCUGUCAACGCCCUCUCGCUGUUUGCCUCUUCAUCGCGGUCGGUGUGCGGAAACACGUGGGAGAAACACUGGCUGCUGGUGUUUGACUACGGCGAAGAGGAGGUGCUCAUCUGCGACGCCGACAUGGACCAUUUGGGAGAGCUCACGGGACGGACCUCGUGGAAGAAGAGGGCCGUGCUACAAAACUACGAACACAAGAAGUACCUUGCAAAGCGGCGUAUUCCAAGAGCACGCAUAGAGCAGUACAUGAGGAAGAUGUGCGACUACGGCCCAUACCAUCUCACGGACAACAACUGCCAGAAGUGGGCCCAAGAUCUUCUGCGCGAACUGGACAUCGAGUUUCCCGCCGACGAGCUCGACGCCCGCACAGUAGUCAACAACUACAUACAACCAGCGGCCAUUGCAGGUGUCGCGGUCUUGGGCGCCGGCCUGCUCGGUGCGCUCAUCUUCGGUGGUAGUGCCCGUAGGAACAGACGGGAGUAGACGGAACACCGCACAACGUCAAUGAUCUUUAAAAGAGGUGUAUCAGGAGUUCGACAUCUCAAAUUUUCGACCGCACGCCCUUGUGUGAAUGUUGCAGCUUGUUCGUGAGAGACCGCUCGACAACGACGCGGCGACUUGGAUGUCAACUUGUCUGCCUCAAAGAUUGGAGUGUGCUGCACGUUGAAAUUUCUCUAGUCACCUGAGACUGACCUAUUCUGAAAUAUGUACCUAUGUGCCGGUGUGUCUUCUUUUGUCACCUAAAGUCACAGAACUUCUAUUUAGAAACUCCGACUCAACUCUCCGUGCUGCCUGCCUCGUAUCAGAACGGCGUUAACAGGUUUCUUGAGGUAUUGCGUGAUGAUUCCCGCAGCACCUGAAGCGAAUAAAAUACCUGUUUAGAACACCCACACGCACGUUAUAGUGUGCUGUUAUUGCGAUUAGUGAAUAUCGCACUCCACUCAUAGGCAGAGCUUCGUGGAUUUGCAGGGUUUCCUUUCAGACGCAUUUAGUAUAGAAAUUUGGUGAGCAUUACUGCUGUUAAAUAAAUGUGAAUGCUACAUGCAGGUGGAAUAAAUACUUUUCGUACCUCGCGCAAUAUUUUGCGAGCGUUAAGUAUGCGGUAAAGUGGUAACUUUUGCUCGACAUGCACGAGGGCGAAUCAGAAAGUAUUUGCCCCUAUUUUUUUAGCCAAAUUACGACGUAAAUGCGGAGUCAACAUAUCCAUCCCCAGCGGUGGACAUUUCUUGGACCGGCUUGGCCUUAGCUGCCGGUAGCUGCCGUCAUGGCGCUGCUGUCAGUUGUUGAAGAUAGCGGUUGUGCUUCACACGCCCUAGGCGUACGAGUAACGAAGUAUGAUUCGUUUUCUACUGAGCAAGGGACAAACGCCCAUAGAAAUCCAUAGGGAAAUACAACCUACGUAUGGGGAAAGGCGGCUCGCUUUGAGAAGCGUCAGGUGGUGGUGUUGUGAGUUCAGCGAUUGGACAAAUGUCUGAACCGGUGUGGGGACUAGGUGGGAAAAUAGUCUAAAGUACGUAGAAUAG